AUGCAAAGACGUAAUACCAUUCUGUGUGCAUUUCUUGUCCUCUUUGGACAACUGUCUGAAUCCAGUGGAAUUUCAUUAAUGGGUUCAGAAAAGAGAGGUUGGACACUGAAUAGUGCAGGAUACCUCCUUGGGCCCUAUGCACAACGAACGCUGACUGUGAGACAUAGACCCCUACUGGGCAAAAGGAGUGUUUGGGAAGAUGAUGUGAAAACAUUCCAAAACAGUGAAUACAAGUCUGUCAUCGAUGACGCCUACGUUCAAGCUUUUCUGGACUUCAUUACUUACUUACGUCUGAAAGAGAUUGGAGAGAUGGAGGAUUUGAGCACCCAUUAUCUUGCAGAAACGAAGUCAUAA